UGCUCCGCAGCACAUCACACCAAAAUGUUUUCUCGGGCUUCGAGCGCUCGCAAGGCCGUCGCGGCUGUUUCUAGACUAGCGACCCGAAAUGCCGUUCCAAUGAGGACUUUCAUGGCCCCGACCGUCUCGCGGAGAGCCGACUUCGUCCAAGAGCUCUACCUCAAGGAGCUAAAAGCAUACAAGCCAACACCAAUCAAGGACUCGGACGCGGUCGGCCAGGUCGCCACCUUCUCCCUGCCCAAGGCGCCCAAGUCGCCCGAGGAGGCCGACCUGGCCUCGAGCCUGAAGGAGUACGAAAACAUGGCGGUCGAGGUCGAGGGCCAGGAAGGGGCCGACGCCGCUGCCGGCGGCAAGCCCGCCGCCGUCCUUGAGGAUUGGCUUGAGGAGGAGGAGGAAGAGGAGGCGCACCAUUAAAUGUUCUGUCUCAUUCUUCUGUCGUUUGAGGAUGAUGGUGAAUGGAGAGAAGGAAGAUCUGACUGUUAGUGGUUGCGGUGGUCCUGUGGUAGAGGCGGUGAUAAAGGGUUGGUGCUGAGCUGAGGGAGUGAGAGGAUGGGACGAGUGGCUGGUGGUUGGUAGCUGAGGCCUAAGGGAUAGUCAUUGCCACUAUUGCCCACAGGACUGCUAUCAAACUGGCCUUUGGUCUCUCAGGUCAGGAAGCAGA